GGGUCUUUUUUUUUUUUAACCGCCUGCGCAUGCGCCCUUCAAGUUUCCGGGACAAGUCGCUUUACUUUUCAUAGCAGGAGACCUGACCAUGUCUGUCUUCCUUCGAGCUAUGCUAAGAUUUCAGAGGCCAGCCGCAUGGGGGAGACCUCUUCACCGACUGUGGUGCUGCACUGGGCAGGGGGAUUCCAAAAGGUGGGUGGCCAGCAAGUCUCCCACCUCACAGAAGAAGCCACCAGGCACAGAGAUGGAGAAAUUCCAUACAAUAUACCGAUUCAGAGCCAUCAGAAGAUUUGGGUUUCUAUCUCGGCUGAAGUUGGCGCAGACAGUUGUGACUGUGGCAGCCCUACCCCCAGGCUUGUUCUGGUACUCACAGGGCCUUGUAACACUCAAUUCACUCUACAUCAUGUGUGGGAUCUCUUGCUUCACACUGGCCAUGCUGUGUUGGAUGAGCUACUUCUUCAGGAGGCUGGUAGGCUUCAUGUAUGUGAAUGAGUCAGGUACCAUGCUUCGAGUGUCCCACCUGUCCUUCUGGGGGCAGCGACAGGAUACAUACUGUGCCGUGUCAGACAUAAUACCCCUGUCAGAAUCCAAGGAACAUGCCCAGGAUCUGUUGGUACGAAUCCAGCAAUAUAGUGGCAAGCAGACCUUCUAUGUCACCCUGCGCUAUGGCCGAAUCCUGGACAGAGAACGUUUCUCACAAGUGUUUGGAACCCUGACCACACUCAAGUAAAGAAUAGCAACUAGGCCUCCAGGUAGCCCUGGUUACACUUGGAUUUUAGACACGAAGGCCAAGAACAUUGAUCAGACAGAAUCUAAUAACUAGGGGCUAGGGCUGAAACUCGGGUGGUAGACUGCUUGUCUCGUAUAUAGGAAGUAAAACCCUGGCUUCAAUCCCUAGAACUGCAUAUAACUAGGCAUGGUUGUGUGUGCUAAUACUCAGCGCUGGAGAUGGAGGCAGGUGGAGAAGUUCAAGGUUGUGUUGGGCCAAAAAAGAAGAUAUUAACCAAUUUAGGAAAAAGCCCUUAGUGGAACAUUUUACUGAAUAGGGUAUUCCAACAGAUAGUGGCUAGAAGUUUCCAUGAAGAGCCACUUCUUGACUGACUGCUAUGCCAAGGUCACAGAGACAGCCCACUACUGUGAAACCAGAGGCAGGAGGAUUGGCAGCAGGACACAAAGACUGUGGAAUCUGGAUACUUGGGUUCUGCUGGACUUCAUCUUUGACCUGGGGCAGGGUGUUGAGUCUGAGCCUUGAAUUGUACUCUGAGAUAGAAGAGCCUUCCUCUCUCACACUGGGAUGAAUAUGGAAAUAACCAAUAAUGGCUAAGGAUGGGCAUGUAGCUUUGUUGAGAGCUCUUACCUGGCAUGUAUAGGUCUUAAGUUCCAACCUGAGCACCACAAAAUAGGCAAGCCUAGUAAAUGCCCUGUGCUGUGUAAGGUCAGCAGCCCAGGGCUUACAACAUUGAGGAAGGCUGCCAGGCUGCCAUGCACCCCUUGUGCUCAUCAGCUAGAUGGCCAGCAUUGAAGCCUAGAGUGGACUUGGUUUUUGCCCCAUCAGGAAGCCACUACACACCAGCUGAGGUAGGGGCACCACUCAGCUGAGAAUGCUGACCACCAGGAGGUCCAGGGCUGCUUACACUGGGGAGCUUCGCAGUGUCUUCAGGACAGAGGGACUCUGUCCAAGCAACCUGCCAGCUGAAGGAGACUAUGCAUGCUGCUUUUCAUAAUGGGUAACACACAUGCUUGUUAGGUGACUUGUUCCUGCAUAAAGAGGAAAGCAGCCACCAUCUUUGUAAUUUGACAGCUCAAGAUGCGUAGUUAAGUAGCUUUUUAGUAAUCCCCCUCCCCUCAAGACAGGGUUCUCUGUGUAGCCCUUUCCUUGAACUUGCUCUGUAGACCAGGCUGGCUAGUAAUUUCCUUUCUUGAAGAAUUUUUCUUUUAAAAUCACAUUUAUUUAUUUGUGUGUAUACACUGUGCUUAUGUGGAGGUUGGAGGACAACUUUUCGGAGUCCUUUUCCUUGGGGAUUAAGUUUGGGUUGUCAGGCUUGGCAGCAGGCACCUUUACCCACAGAAUCACCUUGCUGUUCCUUUAGCCAUUCUUCAUUGCUUUAAAACAAACAAAGAUAACAAUAGACAUGUGAAAGUGUGUGUGUGUGUGGAGCAGGGAUGGACACACCACAAGACCUCAAGCCACACAAAGAAAUACAGGCAACCCAAGAUUCUGAAAGUAGGAGAAAUAGUCCUCCUCAGGGAGGUUAUCAAUAAGAAAUCGUUGGCCCUGAAAGCAUACGCAUGCAAGUACAGACUGAGCAGGUUAUAUUUAGAAGCAUAUGCAUACAGGAGAGAGGAAAGGAAGGGGAAAUGAUGUAAUUAUAUUGUAAUCUCAAAAAAUAAAACUUAAAAAAUGUGUAUAUCAAA